AUGUUCGACACCAUCUGCACCCUUCCGCUGUCGUCGGAGCUCUUCGCACAGGCCCUCCAUCCCACCGAGCCGCUCGUCACCGUCGGGCUCAGCAGCGGCCAUGUCGCAACCCUCAGACUUCCACCCGUAGACGUAGACGCAGACGACAAUGGUCACGACGAUGACCAGACCAAGCAGCCCGCGCGACGCGGCAGCAAUGGCACCCAGGUCAUCGACACGACCUGGCGCACCAAGAGACACAAGGGAAGCUGCAGAUAUCUGGCAUACAGCGUAGAUGGGAGACAGCUCUACUCAGCUGGCACCGACGGACUCGUCAAGGCCGCGGACAGCGAGACGGGAAAGGUCACCGGCAAGCUCGCCAUCCCCAACGAUCCCUCCGCGGCCAGAGCGACCAUCGAUGCCCCCACGGUCGUCCAUGCGCUGAGCCCACAGACAUUGCUUCUCGCUACCGACUCCGGCGCCCUGCACCUCUACGACUUGCGCGACCCAGCCCCCAGCUUGCCCGUGCACGAAUCCAAGACCGCGUUCAUUACCGGCACGCCCUCCCAGACCUACCACCCACAUGCCGAUUAUAUAUCCUCCUUGUCUCCCAUCCCUCCCUCGGCCACAUCGACUUCCGGCUUCAGCAAACAAUGGCUCACGACCGGCAGCACCACACUCGCACUGACUGAUCUGAGACGGGGCGUGCUGGCGAAGAGUGAGGAUCAAGAAGAGUUACUUCUGUCAUGUCUGUACGUGACAGGUCUCGCGGCCAAGAAGAGCAGUGGCAGUACCGGCGAGAAAGCGGUCGUGGGUGGUGGAGAUGGGGUCAUCACACUGUGGGAGAAAGGGCAAUGGGACGAUCAAGACGAGCGCAUCACCGUCAGCAGAGAGAAGGAGACGUUGGACUGCAUGGCACAAAUCCCGGACGGCAUCGGCGGUCUGGGCAAGAAGAUUGCGGUCGGCAUGGGAGAUGGCAGAGUGCGUGUAGUACGGCUGGGCAUGAACAGAGUCGUUGGCGAAUUUCAACACGACGAGGUAGAAGGGGUGGUCGCGCUCGACUUCGAUGUGGGCGGGAGGAUGAUAUCUGGCGGAGGUCAGACUAUCAAAGUCUGGCAAGAAAGUAUCGAGCCGGAAGCCGACGAGGAUGAGGACGACGGCGUUGCGAUGGUCAAACGCGCGAAAAGUCACGACAGCGACGAGGAGGAGGAGGAGGAGGAGGAGGAGGAGGAAGACGAAGGCAACAGCAGUGACGAUGGAGAGAAGGGGCGCAAGCGUCGCAAGAAGAGAAAGCGAGGCAAGGGACCCGCGGCUAGUAGCAGUUUCAGCUUUGCUGGUCUCGACUGA